UGCGGUCGCCCGUAAGCCGGGAAAACAUUUCUAAUCUCGGCCCAAGUUACACAGAUUCAACACGGAUUGCACAAGAAGCUUAUCAUCACAAAAAUAAAAAAUAAAAACAAACUGGACUGGACGCAGCACAGCCGAUGGAAUAGCAACAAACAACAUAUACUACAGCAACAGUCUGGCAACGAAGCGUAUACGUAAUGGCAAGCAAAGUUCCAUUCAUUUAACGCGCUCGUUUUCAGUUCUCGGGCAGGUGUCAAGCGACGCACACACACGGUACAAGGCACACGGCACAACGAGGCGCGGUAUCAAAUCCGAAUCCGAAUCCAGAAUUCCAUAUACACACGCUAUAUAUGCUCGCUUGGCUAAUUAACAUACAACGCGGAGACCCCGUCGUCUCUUUACCCUUACCUGAGCUGUCCGAAAGUUCAAAUUGUCGUACGCACCACACACAUCACAUUUCUUUGCUCGGAAGCUUCAGUACAAAGACAGAUCGAAAAAUUUGAAGGAGCAUAUUUGGUAUAAAGAUAAGCGAUCAAGAUGCUGGAUCCCAUAUCGGACACGCCAAUUGUAUUGGCCUAUGCCUUUAUGUCGCUGCUAGUUCUGAUUGUUUGCUUCAUAAUGGUCAAUGUGGUCCAUAAGCUGUAUCGCAGCCUCAACAGCGACGGAUCGGCGGGUAUCAGUCCCCUGAAGACCGCCAUCUCGGAGCUAGACGCCAUGAAAACCGGUUAGCCAGCAGUCACCGGCCAGCUGCCAGCGAGAGGCGCCGAGAAUCGAAUCUCAGUCCGGCGACGGCGGCGGCGCUUCGGUUUUUUUAAUUCAGGCGAUCGGAGAACCAACAGGCAUGGCAUGGCAGCUGCACAACCCACAAUCACACACCCACUCGCACACGAGACGCCUGGUGAUACAAACAGCAAAGCAAUUAGCCAUAGACAGCACGAAACUAGGCUUACACACAACUAGAAAUUAACUUACUACCGCUGGUAUCUAGUCAAUUAAUUGUUCAUAUUACCCUAAGGUUAGGUUACAUAUUGAUAUUGUAAAUAAAGGUAUCUUGAGAGCGAUAA